AUGGAUUACGACCUAGGUGAAUAUCGCCGCGAAGUGACUACUUCGAACCAGGAUGCUCAAGUAUGGUUCACCCGAGGUCUGAUUUGGGCAUAUGCCUUCAACCAUGAAGAGUCCGUCCGAUGUUUCGAGCAGGUCGUCGCCCUUGACCCGUCCUGCGCAAUGGGCCACUGGGGCAUCGCGUUCGCCCUGGGCCCAAACUACAAUAAGCCGUGGAAACUGUUUGAUGGGGAGGACCUUCAGGCGACGACAACACGCGCGCAUCGCGCUAUCAUGCAGGCGAAGAAGCUUGGCCCCGAAGUGACCGACUUGGAAAAUGCGCUAAUCGAUGCGCUCGCGGCCCGAUACCCGCAAGCAGAGCCCGGGGAUUGUGAUGAGUGGAACAGAGACUAUGCAAAGGCUAUGGAGAGCGUCCAUGAUAAAUGGCAGGAUGACCUUGAUGUCACAGCGCUGUAUUGCGACGCGUUGAUGAACAUCACCCCCUGGGGCCUGUGGGACCUGAAAACCGGCCAACCGGCCCCGGGAACGAAAACGCUUCUAAUCAAGAAAAUCCUGGAUCGAGCUUUGGAGCGUGAUGAAACGCUUGAUCAUCCGGGUAUUCUCCAUCUGUAUAUUCAUCUCAUGGAGAUGUCUCCGACCCCGGAAAUUGCCCUCCACAUCGCGGAUUACCUCCGCGGUUUGGUCCCCGAUGCUGGCCAUCUUGAGCACAUGCCCACUCAUAUUGAUAUUCUGUGUGGCGAAUACCGACGGGCAAUUGCGUCAAAUACGGCUGCUAUUCGGGCGGAUGAAAAGUUCCUUGCAAAUCAGCCUGUCGGGCACUUCUACAAUCUUUACCGGGCACAUGACUAUCAUUUCAAAAUGUAUGCUGCCAUGCUGGGUGGCCAGUCCAAAGUUGCAAUCGAGACCGGGGCUGAGCUCGCGCAGGUAAUCACUGAGCCUCUUUUGCGGGUUGAGUCGCCGCCCAUGGCAGAUUGGCUGGAAGGGUUUGUUGGCCUGCAAAUGCAUGCAUUUAUACGCUUUGGUCGUUGGGAGAAUAUCAUUGCUCUAGAAUUACCGUCUGACGCAGCUUUGUAUUGUGUCACGACGGCAAUGAUGCACUAUGCGAAAGGCGUGGCGUUCGCGGCGACGGAACGUGUCCCCGAAGCAGAAUCCGAGCGCAAACUGUUCCAUGAAUCAUUGAAGGGAAUUCCUGCUUCACGAACCAUAUUUAACAACCGGUGCAUUGAUAUCCUCAACGUUGGAUCAGCAAUGCUGGAUGGAGAAAUUGCAUAUCGCCGCGGCGAAUACGAUUCUGCGUUUGCCCAUCUUCGAGAAGCUGCCAAACGGGACGAUACGCUCCCUUAUGAUGAACCGUGGGGCUGGAUGCAACCGACACGCCAUGCGCUCGGGGCUUUAUUGCUUGAGCAGGACCGGGUUAGUGAAGCUCUGGCUGUCUAUGCAGCUGACCUGGGAAUUGACACAACCCUACCGCGUGCACUGAGACAUCCCAACAAUGUUUGGGCCUCGCAUGGAUAUCACGAGUGUUUGAUCAAACUUGGUCGGAAGGCCGAGGCGCGCGUUUUCGCUCCACAGCUGAGACUCACCCUGGCUAUGGCCGAUGUGCCCAUUAAGUCUUCUUGUUAUUGUCGAAAGACGAUGUGA